AUAAAACAUGCCCAGAGUCACAUGAGGGCUUAUUCGCAAGAUGACAGCCUGGAGCUUGUUUGGGCUCCUGCUAUACCUGCUGGGUGGAGAUGGUGUGUGUCGCUGGCUGUCUGAUCCUGUAAUCAGAGGCUACACCACAGCAGCAGGUCUGCAUGUGGGCAUCCUGCAGCUGCCACUGAUGACUGGGAUACCUGCACAGAGAUACACUGGACUACUGCCUUCAGCUUGGGUUUUAAAGGAUGUUCUGCAUGGAGUGACCAAUGUUGUACCAGGAACUCUGUCAGUCUCCGUGGUUUCCAUGGUGAUACUGUUUGGAGGCAAGAUGCUGAAUGAGCGCUUUAAGAACAAGCUGCCUGUGGUUAUACCGUGGGAACUUAUAUUGAUUGUCUUGGGCACCAUCCUGUCAGUGCAGAUGGAUCUGACUGGACAGCACAGAGUCCAGGUGGUGGGACACAUACCCAGUGGACUGUCUCCCCCUGCCCUUCCCUCUCUUUCUCAGGUCAGAGAGUUGUUUGUUCCAGCUUUAUCUCUGGCUCUGGUUGGCUUCAGUUUCCACUCAGCCUUGGGCUCAGUGUUCGCCCACAAACACGGCUACUGCGUGGAUCUCAGUCAGGAGCUGUUGGCUCUGGGUUUGUGUAACGCCAUUGGAGGAAUGUUCCAAUGUUUUGCCGUCAGCUGCUCUUUCUCUCGCAGUAUGGUCCAGGAUAGUAUUGGUGUCAAAUCACAGAUGGCAGGUUUGGUAUCAUCUCUGAUGAUUCUAACUAUCUUGUUGAAGAUCGGUCAUCUCUUUGAGCAACUGCCAAAGGCAGUGCUGGCAGUGAUCAUCGUGGUCAACUUGCAGGGGAUAAUGGCUCAGUUCAAAGAUGUGUGUGUCCUCUGGAAGUCUGACAGAUUAGACCUGCUGGUAUGGGUAGCCUCGCUGAUUUCCACGCUGAUCUUUAACCUGGACCUCGGUCUGGCUGUGGCUGUCGGCUUCUCUCUGCUAACACUCAUCUACAGGACACAACACUCCUCCACUGUUGUUUUGGGUCAUAUUCCUGGUACAGACUGUUACAGAGAUGUGGGACUCUACACUGAGGCAAAGCAAGUUCCUGGCAUGACUAUACUGUCCUAUUCCAGUCCUAUUUACUUUGCCAACUCUGAACUGGUCUUCACAGAGACAAGAGAGACGGUGAGCCGUGGUCAGAAGGAGAACCUAGCCGCAGUCCACACUGGUACCUCUUUCUCCUCAUCUUCUUCAGCCCAGACAUCGGCACACACUCAUUGCUUGGUUCUGGAUCUCAGCUCAGUUAACUUCAUGGACUCUGUGGCAAUGACAGCACUUUGCAAGGUUGUAGAAAGUUUGGAAGUCCAGGGUGUCGCCGUGUUUCUGGCAGCGUGCCCAGAAAGAGUUUUAUCGCAGCUCCAGACUCAGGGUUGUAUAGCAGACAGCCUGCCCAGCUCCUGUCUCUUCCCCUCAGUCCACCAUGCUGUCCAGCGCUGCCUCAGGACCCUGCCUAAACCUCUAGAGGAAAUCAGCACAGAUGCGAGUGAAUGUUGAACCUACAAUGCGACUGCUACUUUUGAAUGUAAAUUACAGGACAGAUAAGACAUCUCACAAGAAGAAGACAGAAAGGCUUUAAGAUGUCAGACAGAACAACCAAAGCUUCCUUUAAUUUUGAAAGAAAGCCAUCAACACCUUUCAUAGUAUGUCUACACUUCUCACACAUCUCCGGACAAUAAAUAUAAUUGUUC